GGCUCCUCCUCCCGACAACAUGGCGGUGCCCAAAGGCUCAAGCCGCACGUGAGAGAGUGUGGGCGUCUAGGGCUCGGAGAGUACAGCGUGUCGGUUAUAUCCCUUCCACCACCGUUCCCGAGGUUCUUGCAGGUCCCCGCCGCACCCCCGCAGCCAUGAAGACAAAGCCUGUUUCGCACAAGACGGAGAACACUUACCGGUUUCUCACAUUUGCUGAACGACUGGGCAAUGUGAAUAUCGACAUCAUUCACCGUAUCGAUAGAACUGCCAGCUAUGAAGAGGAGGUUGAAACCUACUUUUUUGAGGGUCUGCUGAAAUGGAGAGAAUUGAACCUUACAGAACACUUUGGGAAAUUUUACAAAGAAGUUAUUGACAAAUGCCAGUCAUUCAAUCAGCUGGUAUAUCAUCAAAAUGAGAUUGUUGAGAGUUUGAAGACUCACCUACAAAUUAAGAACAGUUUUGCCUAUCAACCCCUUUUGGAUUUGGUUGUACAGUUGGCACGAGAUCUGCAGAUGGAUUUCUAUCCACACUUUCAAGAUUUUUUCCUGACUAUCACCUCAAUCCUGGAGACUCAGGACACAGAGUUGUUAGAAUGGGCUUUCACUUCACUGUCUUAUCUUUACAAGUACCUGUGGCGACUGAUGGUAAAGGACAUGUCCAAUAUAUACAGCAUGUACAGUACACUCCUGGCUCAUAAAAAACUGCAUAUAAGAAAUUUUGCAGCUGAAAGUUUUACUUUUUUGAUGAGAAAGGUUUCUGAUAAGAAUGCACUUUUCAACUUAAUGUUUUUCGAUCUUGGUGAACAUCCAGAAAAGACAGAAGGAGUUGGGCAGUUGCUUUUUGAGAUGUGCAAAGGAGUUAGAAAUAUGUUUCAUUCCUGUACAGGCCAGGCAGUGAAGCUAAUUUUGCAAAAGUUAGGACCAGUUACAGAAACAGAAACUCAACUGUCCUGGAUUUUGGUUGGAGAAACACUCAAAAACAUGGUCAAAUCCACUGUGCUCUAUAUCUACAAGGAACAUUUUGGUACAUUUUUUGACUGCUUACAAGAAUCACUCCUGGACCUACAUACAAAAGUAACGCAAACUAACUGUUGUGAAAGUUCUGAACAGAUUAAAAGGUUGUUAGAAAUAUAUCUGAUACUUGUGAAACAUGGAAAUGGAUCAAAGAUAACCAAACCUGCUGAUGUUUGUAAGGUGUUAUGUCAAACAUUACAAAUAGAUUAUCUCUCCACAUCUUGCCGGAAGACCCUCUUGGAUGUAAUUUCUGCUUUGAUCCUUGGAGAAAAUGUUUCCUUACCAGAGACGCUCAUCAGUGAAACCGCAGAAAAAAUUUUUGAGAGUGGAUUUGAAAGACGUUUAAUUUUGGAUUUUUCUGAAGUCAUGUUUGCUAUGAAGCAGUUUGAGCAGCUUUUCCUACCAUGCUUUCUCUUGUAUAUUGAGAAAUGCUUUUUGAUUGAUGACUCUGUGGUCAAAGGUGAGGCUCUGGCCAUUUUGGCCAAGCUCAUUCUGAACAAAGCAGCGCCUCCCAUGGCUGGCUCAAUGGCAAUCGAAAAGUACCCCCUGCUUUUCUCACCACAGACCAUGGGGUACUGUUUAAAGCAGAAGAAGACUAGAUCCAAAGGAGGAAAGGAACUGUUUCCAGUAUUGAACCAUCUCUUAUCAAUAAUUCAGUCACCCCCAAAGAAAGAUCCCACUUACCUUUCACAGUCUUGGGCAGCCCUUGUAGUGUUACCUCAUGUUAGACCUCUUGAGAAAGAAAAGGUGAUACCACUGGUCACAUGCUGCAUAGAAUCACUGUUCACGACUGUUGACAGAGGGAGCUUUGGAAAAGGAAACUUAUUUGUUCUUUGCCAAGCCGUAAAUACUCUGCUAAGUUUGGAAGAAUCUUCUGAACUACUUCAUUUGGUUCCUGUGGAACGUGUGAAGAAUUUAGUGCUAAUGUUUCCUUCGGAGCCAUCUGUGUUGCUGUUGGCUGAUCUCUAUUAUCAGAGACUCUCCUUAUGUGGCUGCAAGGGGCCACUUUCAGAAGAAAAUUUAAUGGAACUAUUUCCCAAGUUGCAAGCAAACAUUUCAACAGGUGUAUCCAAGAUUCGACUUUUGACAAUAAGGAUCCUAAACCAUUUUGAUGUUCGGCUUCCAGAAGUGAAGGAGGACGAUGGGCUCUCAGAGCGGCAGUCUGCCUUUGCUAUACUCCGCCAGGCUGAACUUGUGCCAGCAACGGUGAAUGACUACCGGGAGAAGCUUCUUCAUCUAAGAAAACUGAGACAUGAUGUGGUGCAGACCGCAGUCCCUGAUGGACCAUUGCAGGAGGUGCCACUUCGUUAUUUACUAGGCAUGUUAUAUAUUAACUUCAGUGCACUGUGGGAUCCUGUUAUUGAACUCAUAAGUUCUCAUGCACAUGAAAUGGAAAAUAAACAAUUUUGGAAAGUCUACUAUGAGCAUCUAGAAAAAGCAGCUACACAUGCUGAGAAAGAACUACAGAAUGAUCUAACAGAUGAGGAGAAGUCCAUUGGAGAUGAAAGUUGGGAGCAGACCCAGGAAGGGGAUGUUGGAGCUCUUUAUCAUGCACAGUUAGCAUUAAAAACAGAUUGUUGGGAAAGACUAGACCAUACCAACUUCCGGUUUUUGCUCUGGCGAGCUCUAGCAAAAUUCCCAGAGAGAGUAGAGCCACGGUCCAGGGAACUCUCUCCACUUUUCUUGAGAUUUAUCAAUAAUGAGUAUUACCCAGCAGAUCUGCAGAUUGCGCCUACCCAGGACUUGCGGAGAAAAAGUAAAGGGGUAGCCGCAGAAGAAAUGGAAGAGGAACCUGCCCCUGUAGAUGAGGAAGAGUUGGAGGAAGAGGUGCUGCCCCGAGAUGAGCCCUCACAGAAGAAAAGGACGAGAAGGGCAGCAGCAAAGCAAUUAAUUGCUCAUCUGCAAGUUUUCUCUAAAUUUUCAAAUCCACGGGCAUUAUAUCUGGAAUCAAAAUUGUAUGAGUUAUAUCUUCAGUUAUUGCUACACCAAGAUCAAACAGUACAAAAAAUAACCCUGGAUUGCAUAAUGACAUAUAAACAUCCUCAUAUCCUCCCUUACAGGGAAAACUUACAAAGGUUGCUUGAAGACAGAAGCUUUAAGGAAGAGAUAGUGCAUUUCAGCAUUUCAGAAGAUAAUACUGUAGUGAAAACAGCCCACCGAGCAGAUCUGUUUCCUAUUCUCAUGAGAAUUCUGUAUGGGCGAAUGAAGAAUAAGACUGGGAGUAAAACUCAGGGGAAAUCUGCUUCAGGCACCCGCAUGGCCAUUGUCCUGCGCUUCCUCGCUGGGACCCAACCUGAGGAGAUCCAGAUAUUCUUAGACCUGCUGUUUGAGCCUGUGAAGCACUUCCAGAAUGGGGAGUGCCAGUCUGCAGUCAUUCAAGCCGUAGAAGGUUUGGAUUUGUCUAAAAUUCUUCCUUUGGGCCGUCAGCAUGGUGUCUUAAAUAGCCUUGAAAUAGUGUUGAAGAACAUUAGCCAUCUGAUCAGCGCGUACUUACCCAAGAUCUUGCAGAUACUGCUCUGUAUGACAGCGACCGUAUCACACAUCCUUGACCAACGGGAAAAGAUACAGCUGAGGUUUAUUAACCCACUGAAAAACCUUAGGCGUCUUGGAAUCAAAAUGGUAACUGAUAUCUUUUUGGAUUGGGAAUCCUAUCAAUUCAGAACAGAAGAAAUUGAUGGUGUAUUUCAUGGUGCUGUCUGGCCCCAGAUCUGCAGGCUUGGAUCAGAGAGUCAGUAUUCUCCUACACCUCUACUGAAACUAAUUAGUGUCUGGAGCAGAAAUGCAAGAUAUUUUCCUUUUCUGGCCAAACAGAAGCCUGGACAUCCAGAGUAUGAUAUCCUGACCAAUGUUUUUGCAAUUCUGUCAGCAAAGAAUCUCUCUGAUGCUACAGCCAGUAUUGUGAUGGAUAUAGUCAAUGACCUUCUUAACCUUUCGGAUUUUGAGCCCACAGAAACAGUUUUGAGCUUGCCAGUAACUGGAUGCGUAUACACUGACAUAGCAGAAGACAUGGACAAGUCUAUCACUAUGGGAGGAAGAUUAAUUUUGCCUCAUGUACCUGCAAUUCUUCAGUAUCUCAGCAAAACCACAAUCAGUGCAGAAAAGGUGAAAAAGAAAAAGAAUAGAGCACAAGUCAGUAAGGAACUUGGCAUUCUUUCAAAGAUCAGCAAAUUUAUGAAAGACAAAGAACAAAGUUCUCUGCUCAUUACACUUCUCCUUCCUUUCCUGCAUCGUGGCAAUAUUGCUCAGGAUACAGAGGUGGAUAUUCUGGUGACAGUGCAAAACUUGUUAUAUCACUGUCUGGACCCUGCAAGCUUCCUCAAGCCACUAGCGAAACUCUUCUCGGUUAUUAAGAACAAGCUGUCAAGACAGCUGCUUUGUACAGUUUUCCAGACUCUUGCUGAUUUUGAUAGUGAACUAAAGUAUAUCACCGAUGUUGUCAAGCUUAACGCCUUUGAUCAAAGACAUCUUGAUGAUAUCAACUUUGAUGUCCGAUUUGCAACAUUCCAGACCAUUGCCUCAUACAUUAAAGACAUGCAGACUGUGGAUGUUAACUACCUAAUUCCAGUUAUGCAUAAUUGUUUCUAUAAUAUGGAGUUAGGAGAUAUGUCUUUAAGUGAUAAUGCCAGCAUGUGCUUGAUGAGUAUCAUCAAAAAACUAGCAGCUUUAAAUGUCACAGAGAAAGACUACAGAGAAAUCAUUCAUCGUUCACUACUGGAGAAAUUGAGGAAAGGGUUGAAGAGCCAGACAGAGAGUGUCCAACAGGAUUAUACCACAGUACUUUCUUGUUUAAUUCAAACCUUUCCAAAUCAACUAGAAUUUAAAGACUUGGUACAGCUUACUCAUCACCAUGAUCCAGAAAUGGACUUCUUUGAGAACAUGAAGCACAUCCAGAUCCACAGAAGAGCCAGAGCCCUGAAGAAACUGGCAAAACAGCUGAUGGAAGGCAAAGUUGUGCUGUCCUCUAAAUCUCUUCAGAAUUACAUCAUGCCUUAUGCCAUGACUCCAAUUUUUGAUGAGAAAAUGCUCAAGCAUGAAAACAUAACCAUUGCUGCCACAGAGGCCAUUGGAGCCAUUUGCAGUCAUCUCUCUUGGCCAGCAUAUAUCUAUUACUUGAAACAUUUUAUUCAUAUCUUACAGACUGGACAGAUCAACCAAAAAUUGGGUGUCAGUUUGCUAGUAAUAGUGUUAGAUGCAUUUCACUUUGACCACAAAACUCUUGAAGAACAAAUGGGGAAAAUUCAGAAUGGAGAAAGUGUAAACAUAGACACAACAGAAUUGACUGAGUUACCAGAGCAUGAGGCCAUGGAGCUAGAAAACACGGAUGAAGGAGAGAAGGAAAUGACACGCACGAGUUUGUCAGAUGACGAAAGAGAGCCAGGGAACCUUGAACCAGCAGAUUCAGAAGGGACAGCACCUAAGGAAUCAGAGUGCACCGCUAAGUCUGUCUCUUUCCUCCCUCGGAAUAAGGAAGAAUUGGAAAGAACAAUUAAAAAUAUCCAAACCACUAUAACUGGGGAGAUCCUACCCAGGCUGCAUAAAUGCCUCGCAUCCACGACUAAAAGGGAAGAAGAACAUAAGCUCAUCAAGUCAAAGGUGGUGAAUGACGAGGAAGUGGUUCGAGUUCCUUUAGCUUUUGCCAUGGUUAAGCUAAUGCACUCCCUUCCAAAAGAAGUUAUGGAAGCCAACCUGCCAAGUAUUUUGCUGAAAGUGUGUGCCCUCCUCAAGAACAGAGCACAAGAAAUCAGAGACAUUGCACGCAGCACUCUGGCAAAAAUAAUAGAGGAUCUGGGGAUGCACUUUCUACAGUAUGUCUUAAAGGAAUUACAGACCACCCUUGUUCGUGGGUAUCAGGUCCAUGUGCUAACUUUCACUGUUUACAUGUUGCUGCAAAACCUCACCAACAAGCUCCAAGUUGGGGAUUUAGAUUCUUGUUUGGAUAUAAUGAUUGAGAUUUUUAACCAUGAGUUGUUUGGUGCCGUUGCUGAAGAGAAGGAAGUAAAGCAGAUCCUCUCUAAAGUCAUGGAGGCACGGAGAAGCAAGAGUUACGAUUCCUAUGAAAUCCUGGGAAAGUUCGUAGGAAAAGAUCAAGUUACAAAGCUCAUUCUUCCAUUAAAAGAGAUCUUACAAAAUACCACGAGCUUAAAACUGGCCCGCAAAGUUCAUGAAACCUUACGCCGAAUCAUAGCAGGAUUGAUUGUAAAUCAGGAAAUGACGGCAGAAGCUAUUCUAUUGCUCAGUUACGGUUUGGUCAGUGAAAAUCUUCCCCUGUUAACAGAGAAAGAAAAAAAUCCAGCACCCCCUGCACCAGAUCCACGCCUGCCACCCCAGAGCUGCCUUCUGCUUCCACCGACUCCGGUUCGAGGUGGACCAAAAGCUGUUGUGAGCAGGAAAACCAACAUGCACAUAUUUAUUGAGUCUGGGCUUCGGCUGUUACAUCUGAGUCUAAAGACCUCCAAGAUCAAGUCUUCGUGUGAACAUGCCCUGGAAAUGUUGGAUCCUUUUGUGGCGCUCCUUAUCGACUGCCUGGGUUCCAUGGACGUGAAGGUGAUCACAGGCGCUUUACAAUGCCUAAUCUGGGUCUUGAGGUUCCCUCUGCCUUCUAUAGAAACCAAAGCAGAAAAGUUGACGAAGCACCUCUUCCUUUUGCUCAAGAACUAUGCAAAACUUGGGGCUGCCAAGGGUCAGAAUUUCCACCUGGUGGUCAACUGCUUCAAGUGUGUGACCAUCCUUGUAAAGAAAGUCAAGUCGUACCAUAUAACUGAAAAACAGCUUCAAGUUCUACUGGCGUACGCUGAGGAGGACAUUUAUGACACUUCAAGACAAGCUACUGCAUUUGGUCUUCUCAAGGCUAUUUUAUCAAGAAAGUUGUUGGUCCCAGAGAUUGAUGAUGUCAUGCGGAAAGUAUCCAAGUUGGCUAUUUCUGCACAAAGCGAACCUGCCAGAGUCCAGUGCAGACAGGUUUUUCUGAAAUACAUUCUUGACUAUCCUCUGGGAGACAAAUUGAGACCCAACUUGGACUUCUUGCUUGCUCAACUGAAUUAUGAACACGAGACCGGGAGAGAGUCCACCUUGGAGAUGAUCGCCUAUCUCUUUGAGACAUUCCCUCAGGGACUUCUUCACGAGAACUGUGGAGUGUUCUUUAUUCCUCUUUGUCUAAUGGUGGUGAAUGAUGACUCUGCCAUGUGCAAAAAGAUGGCAUCCAUGACCAUCAAAUCCUUACUCAGUAAAAUCAGCCUUGAGAAAAAAGAUUGGCUAUUUGAAAUGGUCACCUCCUGGUUUGGAGCAAAAAAGAGUCUGAAUAGACAGCUUGCUGCCUUAAUCUGUGGUGUGUUUGUGGAAAGUGAAGGUGUUGAUUUUGAGAGAAGGCUUAAAACUGUCCUUCCUGUGAUUGAAAGGGAAAUUAAUCCUGAGAACUUUCAAGAUAUCAUGGAAGAGACCGAAGAGAAAGCCGCAGAUCGCCUGCUGUUCAGUUUUCUUACACUGAUGAGCAAGCUCAUCAAGGAAUGUAACAUUAUUCAGUUUACCAAACCCUCAGAGACUUUGAGUAAAAUCUGGAGUCAUGUUCAUUCUCACCUGAGACAUCCACACAACUGGGUGUGGCUCACUGCAGCCCAGAUUUUUGGAUUGCUCUUUGCCUCUUGUCAGCCAGAGGAGCUUGUUCGAAAAUGGCAUGCCAAAAAGACAAAAAAGAAACACUCAGAACCUGUGGCAAUCCAGUUCCUCACAAGUGACCUUGACCAGAAGAUGAAAAGUAUCUCUCUAGCCUCUUGCCAUCAGUUGCAUUCCAAGUUCUUAGAUCAGUCUCUAGGAGAACAGGUUGUUAAGAAUUUGUUGUUCGUAGCCAAAGUCUUGUAUUUACUGGAACCUGAUUCUGGACAUAAGCAAGGUGAGGUAAGAGAAGACAUGGAAGAACAAGACUGUGGGGCCGCAGAGGCAGGAGAAGAGGACAAAGCAUCUGCAGAGAAGGCCGAGGGUGACAGAGAAGAGAGGGAAGAGCCCAGCAAGCCAGCCACGCUGAUGUGGCUCAUCCAGAAGUUGUCCCGGGUGGCAAAACUGGAAGCUGCUUAUUCACCUAGAAACCCCUUAAAGAGAACGUGCAUCUUUAAGUUCCUUGGCGCUGUAGCAGUGGAUCUUGGGAUAGACAAAGUGAAGCCAUAUCUCCCAAUGAUCAUCGCUCCUUUGUUUCGAGAACUGAAUAGCACCUAUUCAGAGCAAGAUCCUUUGCUGAAGAAUCUGUCCCAGGAAAUCAUAGACUUACUCAAAAAGCUCGUUGGGCUCGAGAGCUUCUCAUUAGCCUUUGCCUCUGUACAAAAACAGGCUAAUGAGAAAAGAGCACUCCGGAAAAAGAGGAAGGCUCUGGAGUUUGUAACCAAUCCUGAUAUUGCUGCCAAGAAAAAGCUGAAGAAACACAAGAAUAAAAGUGAAGCAAAGAAGAGAAAGAUAGAGUUCCUGCGUCCAGGCUAUAAGGCCAAGAGACAGAAAAGCCACAGCCUCAAAGAGUUAGCAAUGGUGGAAUAGUCUCCUUAGGCUGAUAUCAGAGCAUAAGACGCUCAACUCAUCCCAGAGAAUGAACUUUCUAGUAUAUUCUGCUAGUCUAAACUCACAGCAGAUUUUAUUAUUUAAGUUAAACUUUGGCAUAGAUUGUAUAUAUCUAUGUAAUAUAAUCAUGCUUUUUUAAUUAAAAUAUUUCAUACUAUACUGUAUCUUCACUGUCU